AGUUGUCAAUUGUCACUUUUAAUAUAUUCAAUUCAAUCGAGAUUGUGGUUUGUAUUUUGUGUUUUAUAAAAAUUGGGUUGAACUGAAUCAAGAUUAUUUAAGUAUAACAGAAAUCACUAAAACGAUUAGUUAUGCCUUUACCACCGGCAUUAGCAGCACGUCUUGCUAAACGUGGUAUAUUGAACUCAAAUGGAAAGCCAAAUAAUGAUCAGCAAGUAUCACAAGGUACGGAGGAAAUUAUUGCUGAAGAUUACGACAGUAAACCCGAGGAAUCUGGUGUAACAGAGAACUUUUGGGAAGGAAUAGAGGGGGUCAAUGUUGAUCCUAUUAAAGGACACAAAGGUUGCCCAAAUAAAAGCAACAUAUAUCAUGAAUGUUCCAAGUUUUGUGUCAAGACAUGGAAACAAGGAAAAUUAACGCCAGGUGAAAAAUAUUUAGAAGAUAAGAAAAAACUUUUAGAUAUAUGGCCUUUACCACCCGGUUGGGAAGAAGUAUAUGAUGAGGGCACAGGCUAUUACUAUUUUUGGAAUGUUCACAAUAAUUUAGUAUCGUGGCUUCCACCGUCACAUCCAAAAGCUACGCCGUCUGAAAGUGCUGCUCAUUUACGAGAAGAAAGAUUGUUAAAGGAAGGAGAUGAAAGUGAUGACAGUAGCGAAGCUUCAGAUCAAGAAGUGCCCCAAAGACACAAAGAAAAGAGACAUGAACGGAAAGAGCGAAGACAUGAACCUGUUCAUCAUAGAGACAAGAAAAAAUUAAGAGUCAAAGAUAAUGAUCUAGAUCCUAUGGAUCCAGCAUCAUACUCGGAUGUGCCUCGUGGAAACUGGACUGUUGGACUGGAUGCCCAUGCUAAGACUGGAGUGGAUACAACAGCAUCUGGAUGUCUAUAUCAGAUGAGGCCCUAUCCUGCUCCAGGAGCUAUAUUAGCUGCAAAUAAUUCACACAACAGGCCUCCUUCACCUAUUUAAAAAAAUUAGUACACCUAAUUAUCAUUAAUGAUAAGUGAUUCUUAUAUGAUUGAAUAACUUGUUGUAAUAUAAAACAAGUAGUUAGUGCGAGUGUAAUACAAAAUGUUUGGGAUGAUGAAGUUUUCCUUUCAUCAAGUGUCAAUGUGUGUCUUACAUUUAGGCUAGACUAUUGAAUGACUUGGCUAUAAUUUCAACACUGAUGACUUUUUUAAUUAAAGUAUAAUAAAAUUCUAUAAAUUUUAA